UAAGCCGACAAGUCCUGGUCCUUUCAAAUCCUCAGAAAGGAAAAGCGUCGAAACUCCGGUAUUGAGUUGAUUUGAUCUUUUUCGCUGCCUGGUAUGGGUCCCAGAGGCCGCUUUGCUCCCCGAGGGGGCUCCCGGGGGCGUGGCAGCAGUCGCGGCAGAGGAGGCGGACGCGGUGGACGCGGUGGAAGGGGCGGCUCCAAAAACUUGAUGGGCAAGCGCAGGUUUGACAGCUCGCGAGUCGAAGAAAAAAAAGAAGAUUCCGAUGAUGAGUCGUCACAAGAUGAACCUCCAUCUGAGGACGAAGAGUCAGGGGUAGGCUCUAAUUCCGAGGGUGAGGAGGAGGAAGACAAGACUGUGGCCCGCCCAUAUGUGGCCCUGCUGCGCAGCUUGACCGAGGCGUCAGGCCCCAAGGCCAAGAGGAGGAAGUUGGACCACCCCGAAAAGGCAGGGGAACCCUCAAGUGAGGACGAGGGCAAGGACGUGGAUGUCGUCGAGGAGACCGAGGAGGUCGAGGAGGAUGAUGACGAAGUCUCCGACUCGAACGACGAAGAUACCCAGGAUGGGUCCGACCCUUUCGCCUCGCACUUCGCCGCGCCCGAUGAAGCUGCAGUGACCACGAGGCUAGCAGCCAUGGCCAAGAACGAAUGGGUCACCAAAAAGGUGGCAACCAAGCCAUCUAGGAUAAUCAUCAUGGCACCCAAGACCAGCUCUGACGCUCAAGCUACUGCACUACCCUCAGUCCGAGACCCCUCGGCCCUCACCCUCAAACCCAAGCUCAAGGAAGCUAUUACCACACAGCGACCAGAAUUCGAUGCCUCGGAGCAGGCGCUGGCUGCCCCUCUCUUCCAGUACCUCGACACUCUCUACUGCCAGCGGACAGUGGCAAACGGCGAUAGUCUAAGACGCUUGGUCUGCCUUCACGCACUAAAUCAUAUCUUUAAGACCCGCGACCGAGUAAUCAAGAACAGUGCCAAGCUCGCGCGAGAGGAUGCAAAUCCUGAUCUUGAGCUGCGGGACCAAGGGUUCACGCGGCCCAAGGUGCUCAUGCUGCUGCCAACACGGCAGUCAUGCGCGAAGAUGGUCGACAUGAUCUACUCUCUCGCCGAUGUCGACCAGCAGGAGAACCGGAAGAGGUUCAACGACUCGUAUGUGGAGAAGGAGGGCUUCAAGGACGACAAGCCUGCCGACUUCAAGGAUCUGUUCGACGGCAACAGCGACGACAUGUUCCGACUGGGCGUCAAGUUCACGCGCAAGACAAUCAAGUACUUUUCUCAGUUUUACAGCUCGGAUAUCCUGAUAGCUAGCCCCCUGGGCCUCCGCAUGGCCAUUGGUUCGACAGAGGAGAAGAAUCUGGACUACGACUUCCUCAGCUCCAUCGAGAUGGUCAUCGUCGACCAGGCGGACGCGAUCCUGAUGCAGAACUGGGAGCACGUCGAGUACAUCUUUGAGCACAUGAACCUGCAGCCCAAGGACGCCCACGGCUGCGACUUUAGCCGCGUGCGCAGCUGGUACCUGGACGGCCAGGCCAAGCACUUCCGCCAAAACGUGGUGCUCUCGGCCUUUAACACGCCCGAGCUGUCGGAGCUCCUCCACAGCCACUGCCACAACUGGGCCGGGCGCGCGCGCGUGCAGCCCGAGUACCAGGGACUGAUCCAGCAGCUGGGCGGCGUCGUGCCGCACGCGCGGCAGACCUUUUCGCGCUUCGACGCGCCCUCGAUCGCGGCCGAGCCCGACGCGCGGUUCGAGUACUUCACCAAGGCGGUGGUGCCCGCGCUCGCGCGGCGGGCGGCGUCGCGGGACGCGUCGGCGGGCGGCACGCUCGUCUUUGUGCCGUCGUACAUGGACUUUGUGCGCGUGCGCAACUACUUCGCGGCCGACCCGGCGGCGGCGUCGCUCUCGUUCGGCGCCGUGUCGGACCACUCGGGCGUGGCCGAGACGUCGCGCGCGCGCUCGCACUUUUUGACGGGCCGCCACCGCGUCCUACUCUACACGGAGCGCGCACACCACUUCUGGCGCCACCGGAUCAGGGGCGUUCGCCGCGUCGUCAUGUACGGCCUGCCCGAUAACCCGGCCUUCUACCGCGAGGUCGCAGGCGGCUACCUCGGCCGCAGCGAGCAGGAUGGCAUCAUCGGGUCGGGCCAGGGCACCGUCCGGGUGCUGUUCUCGCGCUACGACGUCAUGAAGUUGGAGCGCGUGGUCGGGACGCAGAGGGUGGGGAAGAUGCUGACCGAGAAAGGGGAUACGUUUGAUUUUGUCUGAGCGAUUCAUCAUUUCAUCGUGUUCAUAGCUCAUGUAAUGGCUGGUUGCUGUAUAUUUUUAUACACUGGUAUGGACUGAUUGUGAUGCAUGGCCCAUGUUUCCCCGGCGU